AUGCCCCUUGUUUACAGUCGAGAGUGGAACGCACAAGCGCGCCCGUCGGGAAUUGAUGAGAGAUCUGAUGGAUGUAUGACGCGGCCUCGACGCGGACGGCGCAAUGCAGCGCUCCGAUUUGGCUCGGCGCCGGCGGAGAUCACGAGGGCAAACAUAAUGCUACGACUGUGGUACAUGACAUGUGUGGCAUUAGUGUCUUUGAACACAGGUCUCGGCUAA